AUGGGAUCGUAUACACGCGCGUCUCCUAGCCCACAGGAUGUUUUCCUCGAAGCCUGCGACAUAUAUUUCCUUCAUUCUCACAACAAACCAUACUCCCUGUUUAACCCAGACCUUCUGCAGCGAAAGAUUGAGCAAGGCCAGGUUCCACAGUAUCUUCAGUUUGCUGUUAUUGCUACCGCAGUCCGUUUUUCUUCGCAUAUCCAAUGGAAGGAGCGUAAACAAAAGACAAUAGACAGCUAUGCCCAAUGCUCUUGGGCCAUGAUUAUGUCGUCACCGGACGGCCUCGGCGAUAGUUCCGAUGUAUCGGUCAUCCAGGCUCUAACACUUUUGGCCGUAAUUGACGCGACAGCCGGACGGCGACGUCCUGCUUGGGUGAAGAUCGGUAUGGCGGUCCGGAUAAGCCAGGACUUGCAAAUGAUGCUUGAACCAGAUAAUCAGCUCUCCGCUGCCGAGCGGGAUGAACGCCGAAACCUUUUCUGGUCGCUAUUUAUCCUAGACCGCUUCGUUUGCUGUUCGUUUCGACGACCUCCCGCUAUCAAAGAUUCAGACUGUCGCCUAAAUUUGCCUGUUGAUAAUGAUCCCGAGUCCUCAAUUACGCUGUCCCAGCUUUUAGAUGAGAAGGUUCGAGGAGUCCCGGGCGAAACAGUAGGAUUGUUCGGCCUAAGUGUGGGGUUUGCGGCCUUACUGGGCCGAACAAUCGACUACAUGAUGAACGGGGAACCCAAUACCGUAGAACCAUGGCGGCGCCACUCAGACUAUAGUAUAAUAUAUGCCGGUUUAGAGCUACUGAAAGAACUAGCGGCGAAGUACGGACUGACACCCACUGGGGCGUGUUCUCCAGAUAAGACACAGCAUCAAAGCGAGCGUGAUCAGAGAGGGCACCUGUUCUUGUGUCAUACUUUAUACCACCUCACUCACUGUAUCCUCAGUCACCCUUUCCUUCUCGGUGUCAAGGGCCACACAUUCCAACAUCUUAUAAUACCUCGAGCAUGGAUGCAGGCACAAUACAAUUCCUGCUGGGACCAUGCGUGCUCCUUAACCACAUUAAUCGUCGAAGCAAAAGCAGCGGGCUAUAUCCUGGCCCCUUCGUUCUGCAGCUACUGUAUCCUGGUUGCAGGGACACUCCACGCUCUCCAUCUCCAUAGCGGAGAUGCUCCUACUAGCCAAAACGCCUCUGACCAUCUAAAGACCUCACUAGACUACCUAGGCGAAAUAGCGGAGAUGUGGCAGAACUCUUACAUAAUGGCUGGGGCAUUGCGUUUUUUCACCAACCGAUGCGUGCAAUACAGUGGUGUUCUUCUUCUCAGCUGCCCAUCUCGCAUUCAGGAACUCUCACCAACGGAUAUGACAGUCCUCAGAUCAGUCCUUGAUUAUUGGAUUAUGAUGGACCCCCGCAACCCUGUUUCUGAAAUGAGCUCUAUAAAUGUUGAUUGCUUUCCAGAAACCGUGGAGAUGCGUCGUAGUGAUCGGGUAUCGAUACCUUGGGGGCUCGAUGAUACGAUUCGGAAUACCAGUUCAGCUAAAGGGAAUGACAGCAACUCUAUUAACCCGAGCUUGCUGAUGCAGAUGCCGCUUUCCACUCCACCUUCGAUUCCGUUACACGGAGAAAACUUCUCUCAGUGGAAUUGGAAGCGCGAACUUGGGUCUCUUGGCGAUUAA